AUGUCGGGCAUGGAUGACCGCGCGAAGCAGUUCAAGGCGGCGGCUGAGGCUCAACUCACUGGGCCCGCGUUGAAGAAGGAGAUCAACACACUGCGCCGCUUUCUCUUUCGCAACCAGGGGUAUCGCUUUACCAAGGCGGCCCAGCAGGCGCUCUACAUGGCAGUUGUUGCACACUACUGCAACUCAGCUGCUCAUCACGCUUCGGGCUACGCAGCCACCUGCGACACGCCGGCGAAAACGGUGUCCCCUGCAGGGGCUGGCUCUAGUGGGCCGACUUCGGCGUCGUGCGCAGAUCCUUCGAGCGGCACAGGUGUGCCACAACCGGCUGGCGAUGAGGACAGUGACGACGGGGACCGCGGCAACACCGCUGAUGCGCCCGAUGCACCGAUUCUUCGCCUCCUUGACGACGCGCUCAAGAUGCCCUUUACCGUUUUCACCUCUCCACAAAAGGACAAACUGCUCAGUCUCUACUGGACCGUUCUCAGGACCGACGACUCUGCAGGUGUGAACGCCGGCAACGGCACCACGCUCACCUCCGCCGCCACCCUCACGCUCUCACUUGUGGAUAUUGUAGACACCGGCAAGAACAAGGCGCAACUCUCCCUCUUCACGGAUGAAGGUGAGGAGUACCCGCAGGAAGUGCUCGUUUCGGAUGCCAGCAUGCUGAAGCAUCUGAGGACAGCGCUUGACAAUGGCAGUGCCGUUUCGGUGACCGUACAGGAGAACGAGACUGGCGCGUCACUUGUAUCCUUUAGUGUCGACGACGAGUGA